AUGGAUUUAAACCUGAGAGACUGUCAUACAGGUACACCUGACUAUGAUCAGAUCCUUGAGCUGGCUACUUCGCAUCAUGCAUUCCCCUCGGUGCCAGUUUCCUCGUCUAGAGCAAGACUUGUGAACCAAACAAACGGUGAAAUCGUGGUGGUACCCCUGCCUCGCCAACUACUACUGAAUCCUCAAGAAGAAACUCAUACGACCACCACGUCGUCCUCUUCGUGUUUGUGUCCUCCACCAGUGACACCUCCAUCGCCAUCAGACACUCUGAGAAUGCCCGUUGUUGCGUCAAGUUCAAGUUCCAGCAGGGCUAGCCACAGUGACAUACAAAGGAGCUCAACGCCACACUUUUCUACUAGUUUGAAAAAGGAAGAGAGCGAUAGUAUAAAGAUCCCAGUGGUGGCUGCAACUACGAUACCACGUCCAGAUGGAACAUUUGUUCCUCUUGGUCCCGGUGACAACGUUGGAUCUUCCAGUAGUGGUAUGUCUACCGUUUCUACUGCAUUAUCUUCCCCCGCUGUUACAGCAACCAACUCAACCAAAGUGUUGAAUAAUGGUGCUGCUGUGUUGAAACAUUCUCGAGAAGCGACCCCCUCACGUGAAGGUACUCCGUUAUUACAUACUUCAUGUGCAACUACUCCAACAACUGCAAUACUGGUGGUGACUCCCUUUCUCGUCAAACACAUUGGAGACCAAACCCAAAUUCCAAAGGAUAACUUUCAUGAAUAUUGUUACCGUCAUAAUCCUGACAUCACCUGUAAUAAACUGGUGGAUGAGCAGAAACUCAAAGAACUCCAACACCAAUUGGAAAAACUUCCCUCUCGUGAUCAAGAAGCUAUAUCUCAUGUUUGGUCAAUCUUUAGUGCAGCUCCCCGUCAACACCGGACACUUAUACUACAGGGACUACUUACACAAUGUUGUUUCCCUCAACUCCUGUUCAUAUCCCAAGAGGUAUCUGUAUUAAUUCGUAUUGAUUUCAUAUCCAUUCUUCCGGUGGAAAUUGCCUUGAAGAUCCUUUGUUAUCUUGACUGUCGUUCCCUUUGUAUGGCUGCACAGGUUUCCAAAAAAUGGAAGUCUUUGGCCGAUGAUGACCGGGUAUGGCACCAUAUGUGUGAGCAACAUAUUGAUAGGAAAUGUCCUAAUUGUGGGUGGGGGCUUCCAUUGAUGCACAUGAAACGUAAUCGUGAUGUGACCACUCUUGAGCCAAAGAAGCGUGCAGCUUCUGAUGUGGGAGAAUCUUCACGACCACGCAUAGAAGAGUUAGAUCAAGAUCUGCCCAAUAUCAAACGUGUUAAGCUAGACGCGGAAGCUACAGUAGUCGCACCUACUGCUGCAGUAGUGCGUCGGAAACGUCCGUGGAAGGAAGUUUACUCCGAAAGAUUUAUGUUGGAGAAAAAUUGGCGUAAGGGUUUCUUUAAAGUUAGAAUGUUCAGGGGCCAUUCGGAUGGUGUCACAUGUCUCCAAUUCAAUCGUAAAUAUUUGGUUACGGGUUCUUAUGAUACAUCCAUUAAGAUUUGGCGAGUUGACACUGGAGAGUGUAUACGAACCCUUACAGGUCAUACAAAAGGUGUUCGAUCAUUGGCUUUUGAUUCACAAAAGUUGAUCACCGGAGGGUUGGAUCUGACAAUCAAAGUAUGGAAUUAUCAUACAGGUCAGUGUAUCUCCACAUACCGUGGACACGAUGAUGCUGUGGUUUCUGUUGAUUUCCAUAACAAGACAAUUGUGUCUGGAUCAGCGGACAAAACUGUUAAAGUGUGGCACGUGGAUUCUCGUACAUGUUAUACAUUGCGUGGGCACCUGGAUUGGGUUAACUGCGUUAAGAUUCAUCCACCUUCAAGCACUGUAUUCCUGGCAUCAGAUGAUACUACAAUUCGUAUGUGGGAUUUAAAGUCUAACCGAUGCCUUCGUGUAUUUGGUGGCAUGGAUAAAGAAGGACACAUUGGCCAAGUCCAAUGCGUUAUUCCAUUCACCUAUAAGGAUGAGAUGAUUGAAGAUCACAAUGACAGCGACUCUGAAUCUGCAUCGAACACUGCUGAAUCCAAUGCAUUUGAACGUGCAGAAGAUAAUGUUAACCAUAUUAACCAUAACAACAAUAACAAUGGAAAUAUGCAUGGAAACAAUCGUGAUGACGCACGUCAAAAUGUAACGAAUUUAGGAGAAGAAAGUACUACAUCCGAAGAAAAUACAUCCUCUGAAGAUGUAAACCAAUGUGAAUUGAGUCUUGAUGUUCAAUAUCCUACUCAUUUGUUGACUUGCUCCUUGGAUAACACCAUCAAAUUAUGGGAUGUUCGUACUGGUAGAUGCAUCCGUACUCAAUUUGGACACAUUGAAGGUGUUUGGUCUAUCAGUGCCGAUACUUUCCGUAUUAUUAGUGGUGCUCAUGAUAGAUUGAUCAAAGUAUGGGAUUUACAAGAUGGGAAAUGUCUUCAUACAUUUUCGAAUGAUUCCAGUAUUAGUUGUGUUGGAUUAUCUGAUUCUCGGUUUGCCGCUGGGUUAGAAAAUGGAGAUGUUAAGAUGUAUUGUUUUGAUGAAGAAUGUUAA